AAACAAACUACUCUUUUUUUUUUUAAACCGGAAUAUUCAGUCUCCGUAGAGACUGUCAAAAAUUGCCAAUGCCGACUAUAUUUCAAGUCGUCACGGCGGGGUAUUGGGAAAAGUUUUCAAUUAGCAAUAAUCGCGCCUCGGAUAAACCUCAUUGGCUACGAUACUGCCACUGCGCAAAGCUAGCGAGUAACGCCCCCUACUCAUCAUCCCCAAUAGGCAAGCUUCCCAUUACAGAAAAGUUUCUUUCUCUCUAGAACAAAGAUGAAUUGUAGGUGGACUCUCAGGGCAGCGAAAGGCCGCUGGAUGGUGAACAUCAGCCAGCAGUGCUCACAUGGAUCCAUUGGGUUAUUUGUGCCACCAAGUCCACCUUUAGACCCUGAGAAGAUCAGAGAGUUACAGCGCUUCAUCACCCUGUCCAAGAGACUCCUAGUGAUGACUGGGGCAGGAAUCUCCACUGAGUCGGGGAUCCCAGACUACAGGUCAGAAAAGGUGGGACUCUAUGCCCGCACUGACCGGAAACCCAUCCAGCAUGGGGAUUUUCUACGGAGUGCUCCAGUCCGCCAGCGGUACUGGGCGAGAAACUUUGUCGGCUGGCCUCGGUUCUCCUCCCUCCAGCCUAACCCUGCACAUUGGGCCUUGAGCAACUGGGAGAGACUCGGAAAGCUGUACUGGUUGGUGACCCAAAAUGUGGAUGCCUUGCACACUAAAGCAGGGAGUCAGCGCCUGACAGAACUCCAUGGAUGCAUGCACAGGGUCCUUUGCUUGAACUGUGGUGAACAGAUUCCCCGGGAGGUGUUACAAGAGCGUUUUGAAGCUCUGAACCCCACCUGGAGUGCCGAGGCCCAUGGCCUGGCUCCUGACGGCGACGUCUUUCUCACAGAGGAGCAGGUACGGAGCUUUCGGGUCCCGUCCUGCCGAUGUGGAGGCCCCCUGAAACCAGAUGUCGUUUUCUUCGGGGACACAGUGAACCCUGACAAGGUUGACUUUGUGCACAGGCGUGUAAAAGAAGCUGACUCCCUCUUGGUAGUGGGAUCAUCCUUACAGGUUUACUCUGGUUACAGGUUCAUCCUCACUGCCCGAGAGAAGAAGCUCCCAAUUGCAAUACUUAACAUUGGGCCCACACGGUCAGAUGACUUGGCGUGCCUGAAACUGGAUUCUCGCUGCGGAGAACUGCUGCCUCUAAUAGACCCCUGCUGACCACAGUCUGAUGCUCCUGAGUCAGAAACUGGGACUUUCACUUGAAUCCUGCUCUUAAAGAUUCUUGAGGAUUCCUCCCUCCUUCCUCCAACUAACCAAAGCUGAGUGCAGCCUGUAGAGGGCAGCAAACCAGCAUCUUUCUCCCAGCCUGCCUAUGAACUGGGCAAGUUUCAGUCAGGCUGAUGAAAUUUGCCCCUGAAGAAAGACUUUUUCAAAGCAGCAGCUUCUAUUGAUAGGUAAACUGUUUUCGAUUCCUUUUUAUCUCACCAGGCAGAAGAAACGGCCUGGGGAAAUACUUAGGCCAGAAUGGUCUCUGGAGCACUAAGCAGGAAUCUCACUAAUGUGGGGCUUGAGGGGAGAAGAAAAGGACUUAAUUUAGAAUUCCAAAUGGUUAAAUGUCUUUAACUGAAACAUUCUGGUAUAUUUUUAUAAAAGAUGAGCAAUGGUAUGAAUGAAUUUUUUAUUAACUAAGGAAUAAAGAAAUCAUUUGCACACCA